AUGUAUGAGGAAAUGGACUCCAUGACUGAUGACAUCCCGCGCCGCUGCUCUCUUCCGGCCCUGAAAGAGACCAUCGCUUCCGGCAUGGGUCCGUCUGACCUGGGCGAGGACCGCCGCCUGCCUCCCCUGCCACGCAUUGAGCCGCUGCCUCGUGGGCCGUUCAACCCAUUCCACGCCAAGGAGACCAUGAGUGCUGGACCUAGCACCCCUAGUCCCCAUGAAACUACAUUCCAAUUCAAGUCGCCCUACUCGGCGGUCGCCGAGCACAUUGUUGCUCCUCCUUCUCCUGCCAACUCUGCUGAAAGCUCCUGGCAGGAGUCCUUCGCCGCCCAAAAGGCCGGCUCUGCUGACUGGGCGACUGACCUGUCCCCCGCGGAGAUCAUGGCCCUCGUUGCUCCCCCGAACAUCAACCGCAAGCCGCCACUGCAGCAGCUGUGCGGCCGCAAGCGCAAGAGCAGCCCUCUGUCCAAUGACCCGGACGACCAGCGUGAGAAGCACCGUAUUGCCGAAGGCAACCGACGCAAGAACCUGAGCACGCUGCACCGCGAGCUCGACGGCCGCAUCCACAACUUCUUCCUGGAGCGUGCUGGCUGGAACCCGUCCAAGAGCCUGCCCCAGUCCAAGGAACACAUCGUCCAGGGUGCGGUGUACUUGAUUGACUUCAUGCUUGCCAUCAUCGUGCAUCUCAUGCGCCAGGAACAGGUAACCCCCCAGCUGUCAGAGAAGCUGCAGCCUCAGUUCCGCUGCAUGCAGUUGCAGAACCUAGUCAACUCCCUCCAACAGGAGAACCAGGCGGCUCAGCAACAGCUCAAGGCCACCAAGGCUGAGAACGAGCUGCUGGUCGACCGCAACCGUGCUCUGGAAUUCCAGCUCAAGUCCUACGAGCAGAUGUUCCGCUCUCCCAAGGCCGAGAGCACCAGCCCAACCCCAAUCGUUGACGUUCCCGAGCACAAACGCCAGAGGAGGGCGGCGCUGCCAGGCAUGCGUGUGUUCUGCGGCGAGAUCGCCAACAUGGCUCCGGAACCAUUGUCUGCUCACCCCGAUAACCUGCCCAGCGCUACCUCCCAGUGCUUCAGCAGCUCGUACUUGACGGCCACGCCUUCCACGACUGCUCCUCCCUCUCCUGCUUUCCCCCUAUCGCACCCUGCGAUCUCCUCUUUCCCUCUCUCGGCCUCGCGUCGCGAGUCGAUGAAUGCCUCGCCAUGA